CCAGGAAUGCCCUGUUUACGUAUAACAAUUAAAACCAUGAACCACAGGUGGCUAUUUAAUUUAUGCUAAUGAUUGUUGGACACCUGCGUAGGGUUUUACGAGGCUAUAAAGGCAUUGCACUACAAAAUAAAGUCAGUUUACAAACAAGUGCUUAGGAAGAAACAGUUUUUACCAAUUAUUGUGCACAGUUGUUUUCUUUCUAACAGAAUACGCUCGUCACAAAAAGCCUGCAUCCCAACCAUGAAUACCAACGACUUUCUUCACUUUAUGGACCAACCAAAUCUGCAGGCUCGUAUAGUACGGGAAUUUAACUCGAUAAUUUCGGAGCAAGGAGCAGAACAGAAAGGCUGUAAUCCAUUGGUGCAUUACCUCCGUCGCAAGAAGCUCAAUGAUGAAGCAAACCAGGAAGCAAGCUUUGUCGACGGUUACGAUACCCACCGGAAAUUCUUGUGCAUUAAAAAUCCAUCUGUGAAAGACCGUGACAUGUUUUGGCAAGCAGUGUGGGACAAUAAAGUUCAAAUAAUAGUGAUGACGUGCCAGUUGAUCGAUCAGACCUAUCAAUAUUGGUCUCCAAAAGAACGUUACACUUUAGUGAAUAAGAAAUUUAAUGUUAAGACUUUGAAGAUUAUAAUCUUUCCUCACUAUACUAUAACUGUCUUAAGUUUAUAUCAAACUGGACCUAAGUACAAGCAGAGCCGUCCAAUUUUUCACUAUCAGUAUACUGCUUGGCCUAAAGAAAAAUUUGAUCAUCAACUAGACGCUUUUGUAGAGUUUCAUAACUUUGUUAAUGAAAGAUAUGUCAAGUUAAAGAAACAAGUAGCUGAUAAGACAUUUCCUCCGAUGCUGGUGCAUUGUAACGAGGGUAUUGGCAGUUCUGAUGUAUUUUGCGCGCUAGAUAUGUGUAUUUACCAAUUGAAAGCUACAGGAAUCGUCUCAUUGCCACAUACCCUUAAAAUAAUGCGACAGCAAAAAUUUGGGUCUUUUUGCCACUCUGAUCUUUAUGUAUUAUCCUACCGAUUGAUCAAAGCAUAUCUUGAUAACAAUUAG